UAAUUAGAAGGAAUCCCCGCCCAACCAGAUCCCAGCUUGGCUGCGUUGUUUGGGGACAGUCCGAAGAUGGCGACGGCCCAGCUGUACUGCGUCUGCCGGCAGCCGUACGAUGUGAGCCGGUUUAUGAUAGAAUGCGAUAUUUGUAAAGACUGGUUUCACGGCAGCUGUGUUGAGGUAGAAGAGCACCAUGCUGUGGACAUUGACGUUUACCACUGCCCCAACUGUGACAUCCACCAUGGACCAUCGCUGAUGAAGAAGCGAAGAAACUGGCACAGACACGACUACACCGAGCCAGAUGACGGCAGUAAGCCAGUGCAGGCUGGCACCUCUGUGUUUGUGCAGGAGCUGCAGGCCAGGACCUUCCCCAAUGGAGAUGAGAUCUUGCAGCCAAUGCAGGGCAGUCAGGUCACCCAGAGGUAUCUGGAAAGGCAUGGCUUCCGCUAUCCCAUCGCUGUACACAAAAUGGAAGGGCUCGGCCUCCGCUUACCUCCACCGGAUUUCUCCGUCAAGGAUGUAGAGCGCUAUGUCGGAGGCGACAAAGUGAUUGAUGUCAUCGAUGUGGCCAGGCAAGCAGACAGCAAGAUGAAACUGAGUGCAUUUGUGAAGUAUUACUACAGCCCUCAGCAGCCCAAAGUCCUCAACGUCAUCAGUCUGGAGUUUUCAGACACCAAGAUGUCAGAGCUGGUGGUGGUCCCUGAUAUCGCUCAGAAGAUGUCUUGGGUGGAGAACUACUGGCCUGAUGACUCUUACUUUCCCAAGCCCUUUGUGCAGAAAUACUGCUUAAUGGGCGUGAAGGACAGUUAUACCGACUUCCAUAUUGAUUUUGGGGGCACAUCUGUGUGGUACCAUGUCCUGUGGGGGGAGAAGAUUUUUUACUUGAUAAAGCCCACCCCAGCCAACCUUGCACUAUAUGAGGAGUGGAGCUCAUCUCCAACCCAGAGUGAGGUGUUUUUCGGGGAGAAAGUGGACAAGUGCUACAAGUGUGUCGUGCGGCAGGGAACAACACUUCUGAUCCCUACAGGAUGGAUCCAUGCUGUUCUCACCUCUCAGGAUUGCAUGGCUUUCGGAGGAAACUUCCUCCACAACCUCAACAUAGGCAUGCAGCUCAGGUGCUAUGAGAUGGAGCGGCGUCUGAAGACUCCAGACCUCUUUAAGUUUCCUUAUUUUGAGGCCAUUUGUUGGUAUGUAGCAAAUAAUCUGCUGGAGACUCUCAAAGAAUCCCGAGAAGAUAACUGCCUGCCUCCAGAAUACCUGAUCAAAGGAGUGAAAGCUUUGAUUACUGCACUGAGGAACUGGCUAAAGAGAGAGGUCACAGAGCCAGCCAGCGAGGUCCCUGACCAUAUCAGACCCAACCAUCUCAUUAAAAUGCUCACCAAGGAAACCCAGUACCUUGAGGAUUAUCAGAAUGGGAACUGUGGAAGCAAGCUAAUGAAAUCUCAAGGAAUCUCUGCGUGUCCUUCCACGAGGUUGGCACACGAGAGAGGUUCUCACGCACGCAGGACAGCCAGACGUCUUCGUGACCAUCACCAUCAUCACCAUCAUCACUCUCACAGCCCUAAAGCUCCCUCUUACCUCGACAUCUUCGAGCAGCACACCCAGGAAGUCUUAAAAAGACUUGAAAUGGGUCCUUAUGAGGAGGUCAAUGGCAAGUUCAACAAGUUCUCCACAGCCUCAGCUGCAGUGGUGGAGCGGAGCUUGGACAACAACCUGCAUCUGGUGCUGUGCAAUGGACGUAUAGUCAGAGAUAACAGGCAGCAUGCUGGAGAAAAAAGACCAAGGAUAAAAGAAGACGAAGGCUCCAGAGAUGUGAAGAUGGAUUUACUUAAGAUUAAACUAGUAUCUAAAGAGGAAGAACAGGAGGUGGAUAUUGAAAUGAAAGAAGGAGAUCGGCAUCAUGUAGCCAGAGAAGUGAAGCCAUUUGCAGAUCUUAAUAAGCAAGAGAGUUCAGAUCUCAGGAACAGAGAAUCAGUACUUUCAGACAUCUCAUCAGACUCUGAAUCAGAUGAGGACUACACUACACAGAAAAAGAACUGCUCUGAGGGAGAAUCUGAAAGCUCUUCAGAGGAAGAAGAAGAUGAAAAGAUUAGGACGAGUGGAGACGACCAAAGUAAAACCAAAAGUUGCUCCAGCUGCACGACGGAUGCGCAUCAAUCCAAGCAAAAGCUUGACCCUUUUGAAAAAUGUCAUAAAAGUGAAUACACUACCUCGCCAAGCACAGAAGAGGAUGCUAUCCAGGGAAUGCUGUCUAUGGCAGGACUGUUGUAUUCUCACCCAUCAGAAGAUCCCAGCAGUUCACAAGAAUCCUGGUGGUCUCGAACCAACCAUCCCUCCCCUGACUACAGUAGAAAGGAGGUUGCAUCAGGAGAGGAGAACCAGGAUUCAGACAGCAGUUCAUCACAGGAGGGCUUUCGGGAGCAUGAUUCAGAAGGAGGAUGUCACGCCAAACUCAAGCAUAGGAUCCAGGAACACAAGAACUUCAUGGACAGCCAGGGCAGCGGCAGCAACAGCAGCAGUGAAGCCUGGAGCAGUCGCACACACUCCCCAGCCCACGGGGAAAGCCCCACUUUGGGCUACCAAUACUGUGAACCAUCCCUAUCGCCACCUCUGCACCCAUCCAAGAGGCCUGCUUCAAAUCCCCCACCAAUCAGCAAUCAGGCCACCAAAGGUAAACGUCCUAAGAAAGGUAUGGCCACAGCGAAGCAGCGAUUGGGCAAGAUUCUCAAAUUGAGCAGACACAAACCUUUCUUUGUGUAGUUCCAGUGAUGGCAGUCGCCGCCUGCAGAAGAUUUGAGAUGCUGAGCGUGCAUGUUAAAGGUGACAACACACUGGCUCAAAAGCUUUGGAUUAAUCUGAAUAAUCACUUCACCCAACACGUUUUGCUAAUAUGCAUCCAAAGUAACAACGCGACUGAAAGGAAAUAAGACUGAAAACAUAAUUUUUUUUUUAAGGCUUUCGGUUCUCAACGAUGGCAUCCAAAAUCAGGUUUACUCUAUAAAAGCAAAGACUAGCAUGUUGCCAGGCUGCUUCCCACAACUAAAAAUGCGUCACUUUGAGGAUCUGUAUCUUAAACAAGAUGGCUAUUGAGUGAUGAACUGAUUUCAUAAAGGUGCUCUACUUUUUUUGGUCUUCUCAUUUUGUGAUUGCAACCAACUUUUCCUAGCAAUUUACUCCAGUGAAGAAAAUUUGCAUUAAUGCUUCAAGACAAAAUUUACCCAGGAUGUAUUUUUGUCAACAUUUGUAUUCAUCUUGUCAUUUUAAAUUGCUCGCUAGGUCGUUUAGCUAUGUUUGGUCCUGUGUUGCCGCCUAGUGGGCAUCCGAAAACUGACUUUAAAUGGUACUUGAAGGUAUCAUUCAAAUGAGGCAAGAGACAAUUUCCCUUAAUUUAUUUCUUUAUCUUGGUGCUUUAUUUUUACUUUCUAUACUGUUAUUAAAUUACGUAUUUAUUACUGAUAAAAGAGAACAAUUUAUUUCACUGAGCAUUUAGGAGGUUUGCUGUUCUUUGUGGUCUUAAUAUGCAUCUGUUUUGAAACGUUUAAAUAUUUGUGUCCAUAAAGCCAAUUUGUGCAAAGGCUUAGCUGUUUCAUCCAUAUCUGUAUUGCUUUGUGGGUAAGAACAAACAUGUUGUGUAAUAGGAAGCUGAUAUUUAAUUAACAUACCUGCCCAAAUAGUCCCAUUAUGUUAAAAUCUUUCAUUUUAACCUCACAGUGUAUUUGAAAAAAAAAAAAAAAAGAAAUUGUGAAUGUGUUAUUCUGAUAUUCUAAGGAUCUGGUUUCAGAAACAUGUUGUUUCCAUAAGUAUAAAGUUCAGCUGCCUCAUCAAAUUCUAAAGCAUUGAAAUACUGUUUGAAAUGGUGCUGUGUAUAGUGAGAAAACAAGACAUUUUAGAUGGCCAAGGAGCGUGGGAGAAUUUGUACUUUUUUUUUUUUUUUUUUUUUUUUUUUUUUACGUUGAAAUGUAUUUGGCUACUUGUCUUUUUACAAAGAAUCGAACAGAAUAUUUAUUUUUUUAAAGUAAGUCUUAAGAGAGAUUUUUUUGCAAUUGUAUCAACACCGUGUAUUGAAAUAUGGCGUUAACCUCGCGUUUUGUAAGAUAUGUGUGUGAUUUUGAGGUAGUUUACUCUGGGUUUUGUGUGAAAGACCUCAGGUAAUUGUUUGAGCUCAAGGUUUUGGAUUCCUUUUGAUGAAUGCCAAAUAAUGUAAUCAUAAAAGUCAGGUCUUGCUUUGAAUUUUCAGUGUCCUGGCAGUAAAAAGAGCCGUAUUAACUAACCUAAUAUAAAAUCUCUUAGUAAAUAUCCCCUUUAAAGAAAAUGAUGUUCUAUUGUAUUCUAGAUUGGUUAAAUGUUCUCUUUUAUAACAUUUACAGUAACUCCAACAUAAUCUACAAAGCUCUUCGAGCAAUAACACACAUUCCAUAAACUUCCAGGAACUUCUCAGACUGAUUUCAUUGACUCAGAUGACUCGCUGAGGUACAGUACAGCAGCUCAGGGCUCACAUACGGACUGUUUUUCUGAUGGAUAGCUUUGAUACUAAUUAUUCAAAGGGCUUCAGUCGACCCAAAGGUGCACAGAAUUGAACAGGUCAUUACAACCAGCACAGUAUUGUUACUGUAUGUCAUCUUCCAAGGUUUUUUAUGAUGGUUUAUUGUGGACUAAGAUACUCGAGCAUUGUGUUUUGAUCCAUUUCAAAGACAAAAACCACAAUGCUAUUAAUGUAGCACCUGUUGCUUUUCUCCCUGAUAAGAUUCUAGUUUAUGUUGCUUUGUCUGAUUAGGAUUUGGGCCAAAGUGCACAUGUAUUGCAUUCAGAACUUUGAUUGAGAUGUUUUUUGUUUGUUUGUUUGGGGGAUUGCUUCUGUGUCUGUCAAAAAAAUGCUGCACUGCAUUAAAGUGUCCUGCAUUAACUAUGUUACACUACACUGUUUGAGUUUUUUAUUGUUACUGUUUUGACACAAUAAAUAUCUAAAUGUGCUUGAUAAAAGGCAAAAACUUUGCUGGCCUGCAGGCAGGGUUUGUAUCAUGUACCAGUACUUGUACAGUAUUUAUUUGGCAUUCUCUGGUGUGUUUUAAAUUUUCUGGUCUUGCAAUCAGUUACGUGUUUGUUUAUGGAGUGUCCUCUCACAUUUUCAAUGCAUUCAAAUGUUUUAAAUUUCGCUAUGGCUGUAUAAUUUUGUUGAAUAUUUUGUGACGCUGUAAUCCACAGCUAAGGCUUUUGAAAUUGGGAUUUUCCGUUGUACAAUGUGGCCUGUACAUAUUAAAAGUUCUACGAGUGAA